CACACGAGUGUUGAGACAAGCUUGCAAAGUGUGAAGUGAAUCAGAGGAAAGUCCCCACUGUUGGGAACCUCAACAAACCUUUCUGUUUUUUUUGCUAUUGCCUUCAACAAUAUCUAAAUGCGUUUGGAUUUGGAUAUUUUCUAAGGACGUCUGUUUGCAACUUUCAACAGAGAAAUCCACUCAGGAGGAACCGGCAUAUUUGAUGGAGUCCCAUACUAUAACAUUAGCUGUACAUUGAAGGUGGUCCGUUAAAGCUGCCUGGGUGACCAACCUGAGCCUCUCAAAUUACCCCUUCAUCCUCAUACAGUAGCCAGACAGUAGCUUCUCUGAUCUAGCUGCCAUGAACGGUGUGAUAGAAGGUGUAUAUGAGCCGGUGCAGCACCAUUGGUUCCACUGCGAGCAGCAGGUGGACUGUAAAGACUCCUGGCUCCCUUUCAGCAGAGAGGACUCACUAAGGCUGGAAGAGGCACACAAACAUGGGGAGACCCGUGGGGCGGAGGAGGUGGUGGUAUCCACAGAGGGUAGGCGGUUCGAUGUGAGGCUGAAGGAGAGGAGGCGCUACGCGGUGUACUGGGAGCAGCCCCCCUCGGAGGUGAGGCGCAGCUCCUGGUUCCACAAAGGAGACAAGGACAACUCCUACACCCCUUACCCAGAGAACACCAGCCUCGUCCUGGAGGAGGCUUACAUGAUAUCAGUGACGCUGAAUGACUGGAAGAGGAAGUUAGAAUUCCACACUGGAGAAACGGUGGUGUUGCACAGCCGUAAGUUUAUGACACAGCAACAGACGAUCCCCUCAAAAGACUGGAUAAGCUUACCCUCUGCCUCUGAGCAGAGUCGACCCAGGACCGUCAAAAGGGGGCUGGAGGGUAUUUCAAUAGAGAUACCUGAAGGAGAGCCUUACCAAGUGGAUCACCUUGUCUUCAUGGUACAUGGCAUUGGACCGGCAUGUGACAUCCAGCUGCGUGGGGUCGUUCAAUGUGUGAAUGAUUUCCGUGGUGCUUCACUCAGCCUGCUGAGCAGUCACUUCAAGCAGAGCCAAGAUGGCGCCCACAUGGGACGUGUGGAGUACCUGCCAGUCAACUGGCACCAGGUGCUGCAUGGGGACGCCACUGGGGUGGACGAGGAUAUCCAAAGGAUCACCCUGCCCAGCAUCAGUCGUCUGCGUCAGUUCAGCAACAGCACGGUGUUGGACCUGUUCUUCUACAACAGCCCCACCUACUGCCAGACCAUCAUAGACACCGUGGCCUCAGAGAUCAACCGCCUCCACCACAUCUUCCUUCAGCGCCACCCACAAUUCACUGGGGCAGUGUCACUGACUGGACACAGUCUGGGUUCUCUGAUCCUCUUUGACCUUCUGACAAAUCAAGAAAUACAUAACACAGAUGAAAAGAUAAGUAGCGUCAGCAGCCCAAGUGAAGCAACCUCCAUUAACUUUGAGAGCUUUGAGGAAACACUUAGGAACUUUGGAUUGGGCGAGUUUUUCAAAAUGCUUACAAAGGAGCAGAUGGACUUAGAAUCACUGGCUCUCUGUUCAGAGAAGGACUUGAAGGACUUGGGAAUACCCUUGGGGCCUCGCAAGAAGAUCAUGUGCUUGUUGAAGAGAUGGAGAGAGAAGCAGGAAUCCAUGACAGGAACAUCCCACCCAGUUCCUGGCGUUCCAGGUGUGUAUUCCCAGGUCCAAGAACAACCAACGCCCCUCUCAGACGCCCCCUCCACCAGCCCAGUGGAUUUCAAGAACUUUGACAUUGGCAUUGGCCAGGUGUCCAUUGUGUACCCUCAGCUGGCCUUCAAGCCGCAGGCCUUCUUUGCCUUGGGGUCUCCUAUAGGGAUGUUCCUGACGGUGCGCGGCCUGAAGAGGAUCGACCCCAAAUACAGCCUCCCCACCUGCAAGAGCUUCUACAACAUCUACCAUCCAUAUGACCCGGUGGCCUUCAGGAUUGAGCCCAUGGUGGUGUCUCCAGGGGUGGACCUGCCCCCAAUGCUGAUCCCACAUCACAAGGGCAGGAAGAGGAUGCAUCUCGAGCUGAAAGACAGCUUGACGCGAGUCAGCUCAGAUCUGCUGCUCUCCAUCAGUACUCUCCGUGGUGUGUGGCAGACCCUCACCACGCUACCUGUUAACACACUGCCCCCAGUGGCCAGGGUAGGAACCACAGCUGCACUGCCACCUCAGGAGUCAGAAGAGAUUAAGAAUAUCAGUUUUGGAAUGUUGAAUGGUGGACGUCGGUUUGAUUACGUCCUUCAAGAGAAACCCCUAGAGAGCUUCAACGAAUAUCUGUUUGCUAUUCAGAGCCAUCUGUGCUACUGGGAUUCUGAGGAUACUGUGUUGCUGCUUUUGAGAGAAAUCUACGAGGGGAAGGGAAUCCUUCUCUAGCAUCUCCAGAUGUCAAUGUAAAGGAUGGAUCUUUUGAGUUGUGUAUCAUGCAUCUACUAGAGAAGACUCAGGAUGCAUCACAUUUUUAUGGUUUCAUUUUUAUUUAUUUUUCUGUAAAGUGUAUUGAGGCUUCUGGUAAAUGCACUUUAAAUAAAUUGUGAUUUUAAUUUGAAUUGUGAUUUGAUCUGGAGAUUACUAAUGUACAUAAACUGUUAUUUUUGGUCUAUACCUAAUGCACUGUUUGCGUAAGAAUGCAUUUUAAAUUUACUAUAUGAUUAUGGGCUCCUUCUAAUUUGUUUACAAAUAUGGAAACUAUGACCAACUUUUCAUUUAAGCUGCCAUUCUGCUCAUUCACACUUUUAGCUCGACCAUGUCCUUGUUGCAAUUGAGCACU